UAGCAAGCCAAACAGAGACCAAGCUGGAGGGACAUUUAAAAAGAUGUUGAAUCCAUCCAGUCUGGGCCAGGCUAACCACGUGGAGGAGGACAGCUCUGGUUCUGAUGCAGGGUCAGAGGUCAGUUUUGGACCGCUGGCCAUUGAGACAGAUCGGUUUGGCUUCAUUUUGAUGAAUGGAUCCACAGCUGGUCUGGGCCCACCUCCUGAGCUGGUCAGGCAGAGGGAGGCCAAGUGGAUCAGCAUUAUCAGCCAAUGGGAUCGCGUCUUACUGAAGAAGACAAGCAAAGUCAAAGAACAGUGUCAGAGGGGCAUCCCAGCCUCGCUCAAAGCCAAGUGCUGGCCACUGCUGUGUGGAGCCACUGAAAGGAUGAAAUGCAGCAAUAACCUCUACCAGAAACUCGACUCGGAGUCCGCGCUGCAGAACUGGGUGGACGUGAUUGAGAGAGAUCUGGACCGGCAGUUCCCUUUCCACGAGAUGUUCCUCUCUCGGGACGGACACGGGCAGCGUGGAUUGUUUCGGGUGCUGAAGGCCUACACCCAGUAUCAACCAGAGGAAGGCUACUGCCAGGCGCAGGGGCCCGUGGCUGCCGUGCUUCUGAUGAACAUGCCUACUGAGGAGGCCUUCUGGUGCCUUGUGCAGAUCAGCGAACAAUACUUGCCCGGAUACUACAGCCCUCUGCUGGAAGGAGUUCUGUUCGAUGCAGGCAUGCUGACCUGGGUUCUGAAAAGGUCAUGUCCGGCCGCCCACAGACACUUGGAGCGCUACGGGGUGCAACCACUCAUGUUUGCCACCGACUGGCUGAUGUGUCUGUUCACACGCCACCUGCCCUUCAACACCUUGCUCCGGGUGUGGGACCUCUUCUUCUGCUACGGGGCGCGGGUGCUGUUCCAGGUGGCGGUGGUGCUGGUGCGAAGGGUGCUGGGCCGGGCCGAGAAGAGGCAGCAGUGCCAGGGUCAGGUGGAGACCCUGGAGAAGCUUAGGGCCAUCAAGGAGGAGGUGAAAGACGAGGAUGAUUCCUUCAUAACUGAGGUGUGCUCUGUGCCGCUGUCUGAUAGAGAUCUGAAGAAGCAGAUGGAAAAGCAGCUUGACAAGUGGAGGAAGGAGCGACCCUCGUCUACUUUUGACCCCACAGGUCGUUGCCAUGGAUAUCGGACCGCUUCGGCCCAAGUUUUGGAGCGAGAGGGAGCGCGUGACAGGAAGGAGAGAGAGACAAGUAACCUGUCUGUCCCCCUCACUCGCUCCGCCUCCAAUCUCUCCCUCUCUCCUUCUCUCCUCCGCAAGAGGUGGAGGACGGGGGGAAAGGCCAACGUGGAUGACUGGGAGGGCAGAGGUAAACUGGGGAGGAAUUUUUCCAUGGGACCAUGGGACACGGCGAGGGAAACCUGGGUCGGGAGCAGGCCAAAGAGGGUGCAGCCUGUUGACGAGAAAGAGGAAAAGGCUUCGGAGGAGCACCAGAGAGAGACAAACGUAACAGGACGAACCGAACAGGGAGAACAUCUCAAAGAACCACAACCGAUGUCAGACAACCACAGUGGAGAUGGAGAGAGGGAAAAUCCCAAAGAACAGGUGGAGAUAGAACAGCCCAGCCGGCCUGGAGAGACAGAGGCAAGCAAAAGCUCAGACGAAGCGCCGUCAAAGCAGAGAGAACACUGCUGUGAUAAAGGAGACACGGCAGUGGAAACAGAACCGACCCAAGGUAGAGCUGAAACCCAGUCCACCGGAAAUAUUGUCCAGCACGUUAAACGGACCUCCCUUCCCAUAUCUUGCACUGAGGUCCAGGUAGAGGAGCUGGACUGCGAUGCUCAGUCACAGGCCCGAGAACAAGAACUGCAGAGUCCCAGCGGGGAGAACCAGGAGCGGGAAGGCGAAAGCAGAGACUUGGCAGAAUCACUGAACGAGAUGGUAACCCUGGCAGCAGAAAGUGACAAUAUGGUUGCCACUGCGGAAAGCCAGGCUGACGCUGAAAGGGCUGAAACGGAGUUCAAGUCAGAGGUAGAGACACGAGUAACAGUCGACUCAAGUCAGGAAACUUUGACUCAGGCGGACAUGAAACCAGAGUUGGUGGCGGAGCUCGACAAUGCGCAGCGGGUAGAGGUGCACGCACACACAGAGAUAAGAAACGAGAGUGAUACCGAGACACAAACACAGACUGAGACAGAUCUGAGCUCACAGACUGACGGAGAUGACAAAAGUCAAACGAUCAAAGACCCAGAUUCAGCACUAGAGUCGAACAUGCAACAAGAACCAAAUGCAUCAUUGGAGGCAGACAAAGGCUCACAGGGAGAUCAAAUAGAAGUGAAAGUAAGAAAUACUGAGCCAGCAGAGCAAACAAAAAUAAAUGAGUCUCAGGUCCAGACAGAGACGGAAACCAGUGAACUGUCAGAGAUGCAGGAGGAGGCGGAAGAAAACUUUCAGAUACAGGAGGGACCUGUGACAGAGGCACAGAAAGACUCCGAUUUAUGCGGAGAUGCAUCCUCACUUAAAGAGACAAAGAGAGAGGAUGAAAUGUUAUCACCAGCUGAAAACAUCCUCCAAAAGGGAGAUCCCCCCGACUCGGUCGAUAACACAAGUACAGAAACAAAGACAGAGAUAACUGUUUGCACAAAGGAAGAAACACACGCAUUAGAGUCAACAGUACACUCAGAUCACGCAUCGGCUGAAUGCUCAGAGAUUGAAAUUGAAAAAGAGGGACCUGAACAGGCACAGACAGACGGAGGAGCGGAGCUUGCUGAAUGCACACAUAUGGAGGUAAACCAGGAAACAAGCAACCAUAUCACGACAGAUGAAGAAACUCAGACCGACCCGGAGGCCGCAGAACACGAGACACUUCUCGGGGAGGUUGAGACUCAAACAGAGCCGGCAAUGCUGAGCUCCAGUGACGAGACUUUACAAACUGUGAACCCAGAGCAGCCUGGAGACGAACGGCCGCGGAGCGAGGUCAGCAUUGAUCCUGUGGAGGAAAAACAGGGACUGGAAAUAGUUGAAGAGAAAGCCACAGAACCAGAGGAUUCUUGUAUAGCUUCUCCUUGCCAAAUUGACUCAUCAAAUAUCCCUCAACCAAUGUGUAAGGAUGAGCAACGUGCGAUGGACCGUCCAAGUAACACGAGUAACCCACAACAGCAAAACGGCGAGGAGUCUCACCUCUUCAAAGAACUUGUUGAGCCAUGUAACCCUGCCGGGCACCGCACAAGCUCGUUUUCCGGCGAUUUCCGUGUCCGUAAGUCAUCUAGUUCCCACAAGUCCAAGUUCACUCGGAAGCUCUCUGAGGAUCUGUUCACUGCCCCCCCUCAGCAAUCAAUAUCCGCCUCUGCACACACAGAGCAGCCUGAACAACCUGAACAGUCUGAAUCACAACCUGAUCCUGCGUCUCUAACCUCCAGCCAAACUCUACUUGACGCCACCCAUUCUGAAGCGUCCUCGUCUCAGCCCGUCCUGGAAAGCACCCCGCCGGCCUCCGAAGAAGAGACCGGUGGCACUGAAGGGACCGCGGCGCCACAGAGGGAGGCAAAGCAAGAGCAGAGGCUGACAGGAGCCCCCAAACGCUUUGGUCUCUUCCGCAGACUAAGAAAAGAGCAGCCCAAAAUCCAGGUCCCCAAAAUCCUGAUUCAGGACUUUAGUGACGGAGUAGGGAAGGAGCGCACGGUGGAGGAAGCAGGGGAGGAGAAACUGAGCUCCAGGGAGAGGAGGAAGAGACGGAGGGAGCGAGAGAGGAAGGAGAAAGAGGAGGAAAAGUUGAGAAAAAAGAGAGAGAAGGAGCAGGAGAAAGAGAGGGCACAAGAAAGGAGGAAACCCCUGAUGAAGGGGAAAAGUUUUCAGGUCCAAGGAGCCCAGGAAGACUCUAGUGGCUCACAGACACUCGACUUUGAAAGUCACUCUUCUUCUUAUGCUGAUUCCUACUUCUAAUAAACAAAUACUGCCUGUAACUGAAUGCGUUUG